GCCACCGGGGGGGACACGGCACAGGGGACGGGCGACAGCGGCGACACCUGGGGACAGCGGCGGCGCGCGGGCACGGAUCAUGGACGCCCCCUCAGAUGAAGGUGACGAUGACGAGGAUGAGCAGUCGGUGUCACAGCAGCGCCUCCUGCAGGCCGUGGAUGCUCCCUCGGAGGCCUGCGAUGAUGAUGAAGGUGACGAUGACGAUGAUGAGCAGUCGGUGUCACAGGAGCGCCUCCCGCAGGCCGUGGAUGCUCCCUCAGAGGCCUGCGAUGAUGAUGAAGAUGAUGAGGAUGAUGAGCAGUCAUUGGCGCGGGCUCAGGAGCGCCUCCUGCAGAUCAUGGAUGCCCCCUUCGAGGCCGCUGAUGACGAAGGUGACGAUGACGAGGAUGAGCAGUCGGUGGCGCAGGCUCAGGAGCGCCUCCUGCAGGCGCUGAUGCGCGGCGCGGCGCGGGCGCUGCCCCGGCGGGAGCUGCGGCGGGACUGGGACGUGCUGCGAGAGCUCGGCCGCGGCUCCUACGGACGCGUGCUGCUGGCACGGCCCCGGCGCGGCGGUGCGCAGGUGGCGCUGAAGCUGCUCUCCAAGGAGCGCACGCCCAGGUGGGGCUUCCUGCGGGAGUUCUGCACUCACCUGUGCCUGCGGGGGGCGCUCACCUGCGUCCAGGUGCUGCCGCUCGCCUUCGAGACCCCCACGGAGUUCGGCUUCGCCCAGGAGCUCGCACCUGCCGGGGACCUGUGCGGGCUGCUCACACCUGGGGUGGGUCUCCCGGAGCCGCAGGUGAAGCGCUGCGCCGCCCAGGUGUCGUCCGCCCUGGCUUACCUGCACGGCCACGCCCUGGUGCACCGCGACCUGAAGCUGGACAACGUGCUGGCCUUCGACCGCGACUGCCACCUGGUCAAGCUGGGCGACUUCGGGCUGACGCGCGUGCAGGGCUGGCAGGUGCGCCCCGCCCGCGGCCCCGCCCCUUACGCCGCCCCGGAGCUGCUGCAGGUGCGCCCAGGUGCGGCGCGGCGGCGGCGCCUGGAGCCCGCGGCCGACACCUGGGCGUUCGGCGUGCUGCUCUUCGCGCUGCUCACCGGCGCCUUCCCCUGGGCCUCACCUGCGCGCUCCGACCCCGCCUUCCGCCGCUUCCGGGCGUGGCACGGCCGCACCUGCGCAGGUGAGGCGCCGCCGAGGCCGCCGCGCACCUGGCGGGGCCUGGGGGGGGCGGGGCUGGCGCUGCUGCGGGGGCUGCUCCACCCCCGGCCCGCGCGGCGUUGCCCCCCCGGCGAGGUGCUCAGGUACCUGGGCGGGGCCUGGGCAGGUGAGAGCAGCCAGGUGAGCGCCGCAGGUGAGGGGGGGAGCAGCCAGGUGAGCUCUGCUGAGGAAGGACAGGUGAGCUCUGCAGGUGAGAGCAGCCAGGUGAGCUCUGAAAGUGAGAGCAGCCAGGUGAGCUCUGCAGGUGAGGGGGGGAGCAGCCAGGUGAGCUCUGCUGAGGAAGGACAGGUGAGCUCUGCAGGUGAAGAAGGACAGGUGAGCUCUGCAGGGGAGGAAGCACAGGUGAGCUCUGCAGGUGAGAGCAGCCAGGUGAGCUCUGCAGGUGAAGAAGGACAGGUGAGCUCUGCAGGUGAGAGCAGCCAGGUGAGCUCUGCAGGUGAAGGAGGACAGGUGAGCUCUGCAGGGGAGGAAGCACAGGUGAGCUCUGCAGGUGAAGAAGGACAGGUGAGCUCUGCAGGUGAGCGGGGACAGGUGAGCCCCACAGAUGAGAGUUGUCAGGUGAGCCCCACAGGUGAGAAUGGAAGUGUCCAGGUGAGCCCAACAGGUGAGGGAGGACAGGUGAGCCCUGCAGGUGACAACAGCCAGGUGAGCUCUGCAGGGGAGGAAGGACAGGUGAGCUCUGCAGGGGAGAGCAGCCAGGUGAGCCCCAUAGGUGGGAGUGGCCAGGUGAGCUCUGCUGAGGAGGAAGCACAGGUGAGCUCUGCAGGUGAGGGGGGACAGGUGAGCCCCACAGGUGAGAGUGGGAGUGGCCAGGUGACUCUCUCAGGUGACUCCGGGUCCCCCGUUAGUCAUGUGGGGACACCUGGACAGGUGAGGGGAACACCUGGACAGGUGAGGGGAACACCUGGAGAUGGGCUGGGAACACCUGGAGUGAGAUGGAAACACCUGGAGAUGGGCUAGAGACACCUGGACAGGUGAGGGGAACACCUGGAGAUGGGCUAGAGACACCUGGACAGGUGAGGGGAACACCUGGAGAUGGGCUAGAGACACCUGGACAGGUGAGGGGAACACCUGGAGAUGGGCUAGAGACACCUGGACAGGUGAGGGGAACACCUGGAGAUGGGCUAGAGACACCUGGACAGGUGAGGGGAACACCUGGACAGGGAUGGACACACCUGAGAUGGGCAGGGAACACCUGGCCAGGUGAUUGAUGGACACACCUGGACAGGUGAUGGACACACCUGGACAGGUGAUGGACACACCUGGCCAGGUGAUUGAUGGACACACCUGGACAGGUGAUGGACACACCUGGCCAGGUGAUUGAUGGAUACACCUGGGGUUACCUGUGCUCACCUGGGGAUC